AUGCUUGAGCUAUUUGUUUCUGGCUGCACAGCUGUUGCAGGGGGUGUGAGGAUGUUUGUGGAUGCUCUGAAGUAUGUUGCUCGUGUCAACUUUGAACUUGUGGCUACAGUAGUCGAAGCUGUGAAACAUUCUGCAGUGGUAACAGUGUCCGUUUAUUGCCAGUUAAAAGACCUUAUUUCAGUGGCUGCAGUGAGCACGGCUGAUUUGUUUCAUGAGAUUUAUAUUGUUCUCAUGAUAACUCUCGCAACAGCGGGAAGGAGCAUUGUGUGCAUCUGCAGUGGUCUUCAUUGUUUUUAUGCAAAUGUCACCAGUGGUUGCCUCCUUUGUUACAGUUACAUUUAUGCUUGCUGUCAAACAGUUGCGCACACUGUUAUAUUUAUAAGUGACAUUUUGGCUUUGUCUGCAAACAUCAGUAUUAAUUUAGCUAUUACUGCUGUUUCAACAUUGUUUGUGACAGUAACCACAGUAGGAAGUUACUGUUAUUACUUUGUCACUGGCGUCUGGCAAGGACUGGGCUUUGUUCUAUCAUCUGUUGCAUUAUUCCCCACAUACUGCGUUCAGAGUUUAAAGAACAUUUGGAUGAGAUCUCUGGAAACACUUACAAAUGUGCUAACUGUCACAACUAAAGAGACAUAUCUUGGAAUUAUUGUACUGUGUUUAGUUUAUCUCACACUAUCCAACACUUUCCGAUACUUGUACUCCAAAGGCUUGCCGUUGUUUCCUCGUAGACUUCGCAGCCGAAGACAUAGAGACUACACUACUCACUGGCAGUUUGAUCGAGGAUUUGAGAGUGACUUUGAUGAUUUAAACAGCUCAGACACCGAGGAUGUGUCUUGGGUUGCCCCAGCAGAUACCGGUAAUGACAGUGAUGCUGAUUCAGAUGAGGAUGACAACAGAGACAUCAGGAUUGAUCAAGAUUCAAACAUCUCAGAAAAUAAUUCAGAUGCUGAUGAAGAAAGUAGCGCAGAAGAAGACACUGUUGUAACGGAAGAAUCAGACAGUGAUGCUUCUGUUAACUCCCACACUUUCUCGACAGAAUCAAGUGAUCAUGAAAUAGAAGUGCAGCUACCCCCACCAGACAAAUGCUAUAGCUUGUGUAGUAGGUCUUCCACUCCCUCCCGUAUAUCGAAAACUGUCAGCCCGGAGGAGUUUUAUAGAGAGAUGGAGAGAGAGCGAGACAAAAGAAAGUGUGUCAUUUGCCAGGACCAGAUUAAAUCUGUGCUGAUACUUCCGUGUAGACAUAUGUGUAUGUGUGUUUUAUGUGCUGGCCAGAUUGUCAGGUCACGAACUAUUGAACGGCGAGUGUGUCCAUUGUGUCGGACUAGGAUUACUAAAGUCAUGAAUGUGUAUGUAUGA